CUGUAUCCGUGGCUCAGGCCUUUAGGCCCUACACCUGAAACUCCUACAGUGCCGUCGACCAAACUGGGGGGCGGAAGGAAAGCUACAAACUGGUACAAUGUGAAUAAUUUAAUACCUUCUUCCCGGCCACGCAGUUAAUUAGGUCCCUUGCAGCAACUCCAGUCACCAGACUAUCGCCUUGUCUAGAACGGUUGCAGUUUCCUUGACUUUCUAGCAAUGCCUUCUCUGAUAUUACACCAGCUGCACACGGUCGCUAUAGACCAGCAGACAACAGGCGAAAGGGUGAAGCACAGAAAUUAUAAAGAAAAACCCCUUCUUGAACCAGGGCAACUUGGACAUUUUUGUGGGCAGCUGGUUAGCUCGGAAAAGACCAGCCGUCGCGGGGCAGAAGGCAGCGGGUUCCGAGCCAUCCGGGGACACACGCGGCCGUCACGCAGCUGCCAACUCCGACGCUCCCUGAUGCAGACAAAGGGCCGGACCGGGGACAAAGGGUCGCGGCCGCGCCUGCGCACAGCGUCCCCCCCGGGGGCGUGGCCUCGCGCCUCGCCCCCGCCCCCUGGCGCUGCGCGCUCACGUCACGGUGGCGUCACGGCGGAGUUGCCAUGGCGGCGCUGAGCGGCCUGGCGUCGGCGCUGGAGUCUUACAGGGGCCGCGACCGCCUGAUCCGAACGCUGGGGUACUGUUGCCAACUGGUUGGUGGGGUCCUGGUGGAGCAGUGUCCAGCCAGGUCAGAAGUGGGGACACGCCUGCUGACACUGUCCUCCCAACUCAGCCACUGUAGGACUGUCCUGCGACUCUUUGACGACAUGGCCAUGUUUAUCUACACGAAGCAGUACGGCCUGGGGGCAGAGGAGGAAGACCUCUUUGUCCGCUGCGUAUCCGUCCUGGGCAACCUGGCAGAUCAGCUCUACUACCCCUGUGAGCACAUCGCCUGGGCUGCCGAUGCCAAGGUCCUCCGUGUGGACUCUGCCCGGUGGUGGACACUGAGCACGGCCUUCUGGGGCCUCUCCCUGCUGCUGGGCAUCGCCAGGUCAUUGUGGAUGGUCCUGAAACUGAGACAGAGGCUGAGGGACCCCACGGUGGCCUUUACCAGCCGGCUGCCGCGGAGCAAGAGGAGGGCCUUGGAGGCCCAGGUUCAGUCGGAGGUGCUGACUCUCCUGAGCAAUCUGGCCGAUCUGGCCAACGCCGUGCACUGGCUGCCUCCGGGCGUCCUGUGGGCCGGCCGCUUCCCCCCGUGGCUGGUGGGCCUCCUGGGCACCGUCUCCUCCCUCCUCAGUGUGUACCAGGCCGUCCGGGCCGGUGACUGGACCGAGGCCACCGCCCCCUGACGUGGCCCGGGAGGUGUGGAUGCAGCCGGAACCCCACCGGAGGGCCCCCUCCCACAAGGCAGAAAUCACCGGGGCUGGGGCUGGGUCUUUAAUUGAGCGAGUCAAUGCCAGGGGUAGGGAGGUACGGCCCAGAGAACGCUCGAGCGCCUUGGGGACAAGGCCAGGGUGGGGCAGGAUGUAGGCAGGGGUGAGGUCCCCUGAGUGCUGAGGGCUAGGGCCUUCCGGGCUCAGUGGGGGAGGCUGCUCUCAGGUCCAGAGUAGGGGUCUCCAGGCCUCACGUGCAGAGGAACCUCAGCAGACCCUCGCACGGCCUGUGUCCUGCAUUCCAAUCAAGGCGAGCAGGAGAGCCCGGGCGGCGUGUGCCAGGCGGGCCUUCGGACAACGGAAACGAGGAUCAAUUAAAGGGUGUGCUGGUGCCAGG